AUGACUCAAUAUGAAAAUAAGAAUGAGUUGGUAGUAGGCAAUCUUCAAGAAAAUGUGGAUUUAUCCCUCCUCCGCAUCAACAGCUAUAAUGCCGCCGCAUCGUAUCCUCCCUGCACCUCUUGUGGCUGCAACUUCUCCUGCGCCGUCUCCUCAGUCUCCAACGCCGGCGCCCCAGCCUCCACCCCCACCACCACCAUGAAGCGCUCAUCCCCUGAAUCCUCCCUUUCCACUCAACCCAAAUCCAAGAACUCUUCUCACAUCAAGAGACGCCAACCUAUCCCCUCUUGGCUUCUCCAGAUUUCCCUUCCCUUCGCUUCAUUCUCUAACCCCACCCACACCCUCAACCCCUCCACCCCCGUUCUUCAUCGUUCCAUUUCAGAUCCUUAUCCCUCCUACCUCGAUCCUUCAUGUGGACACGGAUCAGGUGAACCGACACAGUCACCUAUAGAGAAUCCAAGAAUAGAAGCUAGCAAUCAGGAGACAGCUCCCGUGGCCUUCUCUGCGCCAAAGGGAAGUGGGCCUUCUGCAUUGCCACCACUGCCGCCCUCUCUGAGGAGAUCCGCGUCCGACCCGAACCCGUCGCCCGCUAACACAUUUUCCAUGGGAAAAGAUUCCAUCAAGGAGGAGAGUCCCGAUACUAAGAGGCUGAGGAGAAUGAAGGAACGCAUGAAGCAGAUGAGUAAAUGGUGCAAGAAAGUGCUGCAAGAUAGUGAAGAUGCUGGUCCUGAACAGACACAUGAGGAUACUCUUGAAUCAGAAUCUGAAGAAGCUGUGAGUGUGGAGAAAGUUGGAGAGAGUUUGAUUGUUCACUUCAAAUGUCCCUGCAGCAAAGCGUAUCAAAUCCUUCUCUCUGGAGGGAACUGUUAUUACAAGCUCAUGUAGUGAUUUCAGUACUUCUGAAAAUUCACAGGAAAACCCCAUGUGGUUGGAAUGGAUAAUCCACCAACCAGUGAUUUUAGUCGUAGACAAGAUAGUUUGUUGUUUGAUUGUACCGUAGCAAUAGAAAAGAUGGAAGACAUGGAAGUAUAUUAGUGAAAAGAACCAGUCAUGUAUGGUGUUGAGUGUAAUGUUUGUCUGCU